AUGUCUACUCCAAAAGCUGAAAAAGAUUUACAUUUACCUCUGUCUAGAGUAAAAACUAUAAUGAAAAGUUCACCAGAGGUGGAUGCUGUUGGACCAGAACCGUUAUAUUUAGUCACAAAAGUAACAGAACUAUUCGUCACAGAUCUUGCAAAAAGAGCUUUUAAAAAUAGUAAAAAUAACUUUCUCGAAUAUAAACACAUUGCUGAAGUGGUCCAAGAAGAUGAUACAUUAGACUUUUUAAGAGAAAUUAUGCCACGUAAAAUUACUGUGCGUCAGUUUAAAGAGUUAAUGGCAAAAAAAGCAGCACGAGGAGAUGAUUCUAAUGAAUCUACCGAAGAAUCCAGUGAAGAAGACAGUAGUGAUGAAAGUUCUAGUAGUAAUAAUCCAGAUGUACAAAGAACA